ACCAAACUGUUAUAAUCACCAUGUCCUUCUACAGAAUAACGCUGAAGCGCUCAACUAUUGCUCUCCCAAAGACCAUCAAGGAUACGGUCACCAAGCUUGGCCUUGGGAAGACCGGUUCUGUCGCAUACCAACAGGUUGGACCACAUAGCGCUGGUAUGAUUCUUAAGGUUAAGGAACUAGUGGAUGUUCAAGUGGUGGAGAAUGCCUUGUCUAAAGCUGAGGAGAGACAGUUGAGAAAGAGUGAUCCAGGGUUCACAGUAGAGAAGCAACAGUGAUUGUCUUUUGCUCUUGUGAUGAAGAGUAUUACAAGUCAUGGAAAAAGUAAGCUUUUCAGUAUGCCCUCUGAGAACAUGCUGUAAAGCUUCAAACUAACAUGAUGGAUGAAAGUGUUCGUUUCGUUGUACAUAGAAGAAGAAAAAAACAGAAGGAAUUGAAAUGUAUUUAUCAUAAGGGGAAAUUUACA